GUGAGUAGAGCUCACACACUGACAGCACUUGCGGCGCUUGAAGAGCAACAUCUACGUUUUCAGUGACUUGUUCCUUGUGGCCGGAGCCCGUUGUGCCUGACAGAGAUACUGGGUAGACACACUCAUACCCAGCGCUCGCCAUUCCCUGUCUCCGGCGGCGCUUCGGAAACUUUCCCAGGAGUUGCCCAGAACUUUUGUGGCGCCCGGAGUACGAGGUCCUCUCUGCUAUUAGAGACACAAGCACAAAGCUGCUCUUGGUGUCGUCACACUGACAUAAGCUCCAGUCCCCGUCCCGGUCCGGCGUCCAUUCUAUGAGCGCAAAGAUGGAACCUACUUUCUACGAUGAUGCCCUGAGCGCUGCCUUUGCCCAGCACGACACUGUUUCCUAUGGCUACAACAAGGUGCUGAAGCAGAGCAUGACCCUCAACCUGUCCGACCCCAGCAGUGCCAUCAAACCUCACCUGAGAAACAAGGCGGCCGAGCUGCUCACUUCUCCUGACGUUGGACUUCUCAAGCUCGCUUCCCCGGAGUUGGAGAGGCUUAUCAUCCAGUCCAGCAAUGGCAUGAUUACCACCACCCCGACCCCCACCCAGUUCCUCUGUCCCAAGAAUGUUACAGACGAGCAGGAAGGAUUUGCAGAUGGAUUUGUUAGGGCACUGGCAGAAUUGCACAACCAAAACACAUUGCCAAGUGUUAUCACUGCCACCCAACCUGCCAGCACGGGACUGACAUCUGUUUCUACUAUUGCUGGAAAUACUGGCUUCAGCAAUAACCUUCACAAUGAGCCCCCAGUGUACGCCAAUCUAAGUAACUUUAACCCAAGUACCAUCACCACCUCAGCAGUUUUUAACAGCAACAGCAUGGGCUAUACAGGUCAACAUCCUAAUAACCCACCAAUGCCAGUGCAGCACCCCAGGCUCCAGGCUCUGAAAGAGGAACCACAGACUGUACCUGAAAUGCCCGGGGAGACUCCACCACUGUCCCCUAUUGAUAUGGAGUCCCAGGAAAGGAUAAAGGCAGAAAGGAAGCGUAUGAGAAAUAGAGUUGCUGCAUCUAAAUGCAGGAAAAGGAAGUUGGAGAGGAUUGGCAGGUUGGAAGACAAAGUUAAAACCUUAAAAUCCCAGAACUCAGAACUGGCAUCCACUGCCAACAUGCUUAGAGAGCAAGUAGCUCAGCUCAAACAAAAAGUCAUGAAUCAUGUCAACAGCGGCUGUGAGCUAAUGUUAACACAGCAGAUGCAAACAUUCUGAAAAUACUCUUUUGGAGAGAGUUGUGAGGAUCAUUUUGUAGGGGGAAAUAGUUUCAUGUUGAAACUCCCUGGCUUAAAAUGAAAGGCACUGAGACCUGACUGUUCUACAUGGGUGUGUGCGGGAAGUCCUGACAAGCCUUUAGGUGGAGCCUGUGGCAAUGCAACAAGCAGUAUCACUUGUCAAGUGCUGUCCCUGCUCUAAUGAAACAUCAGAUACGUGUUUAACAUUGACCAAGACCUGCAUGGACCUAACAUUCAAUGAUCAUUCAGUAUUAAGAAAAGGUUAAACUGCUAGAGACACUAGGUUGCUUCUGUAGUUUUCUCACAAAGGGAGGGUGUGGGAGGGAGGCAUAUGGGACAUUGAAAAGCGAAUUUAAUGACUGCCUUCUACAUUACUGUGUAUGUGUACAUAUUUGUUUUUUUUUAUUGUUAUUUUAAAAAAACUGAAUUGUUUCAGUAAAAUUGCUUCAAGCAUUUGUAAGUUAUUUUUACGUUGGGGUUCAUAAACCCACUAUUUUCUGUAAAUAAGAGAUAUUGAGCACUCUUGAGUUUACCAUUUGUAAUAAAGUAUAAUUUUUCUAUGUUUUUGUUUCUAAAGGACAAUUCCAGACGUCUAAUUAUAUUUAAGAUAUUAAAUAAAAGAUGUGGAAAUUAGAUUGUUUUUUUAAUUUAUAUAUAUUUUUUUUUACAUUGCAAUAAACGUGCAUGUUAAAACAUA